AUGCACAGAUAAAUGCCUUAAAAUCCCUAAUCUUCUUUUUCUUCUUCUUCUUAUUGGUUGCCGCCUUUCUCCAUAGCUUCAAAGCAUUUUUCACGGGAUAGGAUAAACUGAACAUGAGUCGAGGUAGUAUGGCAGGGUCGAAGGGGAAGAAGAAGGGAGUUGCCUUCACUAUCGAUUGUUCGAAGCCAGUGGAGGAUAAAAUCAUGGUCAUUACCUCACUGGAAAAGUUUCUCCAAGAGAGAAUUAAGGUUGGAUGCAAGGCCGGUGCACUCGGUGAAACCGUAACAAUCACCCGUGAUAAGAGCAAAGUUACUGUCACUUCUGACGGCGAUUUCUCCAAGAGGUAUCUGAAGUACUUAACAAAAAAAUACUUGAAGAAACAUAAUGUAAGGGAUUGGCUCCGAGUGAUUGCGUCCAACAAAGAUCGAACUGUUUACGAAUUAAGGUACUUCAACAUUGCUGAAAAUGAGGGAGAGGAAGAAGAUUGAUACGUGAGGGAACAUCCAGUUUGAGGCUUUGAACUAUGAGGUUUAUGAACUUUUUGUUACUUGGUGAACAUGGGAUUUUUCAAUGCCCCUGUUUAACAGUAAAAUAGGGAUGGUUCGGGACUAUUUAAGGAUCUGGGGUUGUUUCUACAAUGUUCAUUGAAGUCGUCAUGCAAUCCAGAUGAUUAAGGAGUCGUUCUACCUUCUCGGCGAUUGUGCGUUACCUUUUUUCAAUUUAAAGGGAACUUGUACAUUUCUGACGAGUUUCCCCGAAUAAAUUUUUAAAAUUAAAGGGGACUCGUCGUGUAGUCCCAAUGAUUUCCGAGGAGCAACGAGUUUCCUUAAAAUAAAAAAAAAAUCAUGCAAAGUCGUCGAGAAGGUAAAAUGACUGUCAUAGUCAUCUGUAUAGUAGGACGAAGUUGGUCCAUACUGUAGAAAUAACUCCAUAUCCAUAAAUCAUCCAUCCUGAGUCA